AUGAACUCUAACAACAACUGGCAGAAGGACUUCAAUGUUCGGUAUGACAGUCUUCGAGAUAACAUUUCCGGCCUAAAGCCCUGGAAUAGAAGACUUCUCUUCUUGCUACCGCCUCUUCUAAUCUUCUCCUGGGCGAUAUUCCUCUUCAACCCUCUCGACGCUAACCCUGGCUCUGUCGACACCGGCGUCGUUGACUCAGCCCCACCAUCCGUACCUUCCAGCUUCGACAACGUCUUGCCUUCAUCAGUUAUUCCCGGUAUUCCACAGCCUACUUCAGAUGUCGUGGUCGGCGACGUCCCCUCGUCAAAUAUUGUCGAGCAGAAGUCCGAAAUUCUCACUUUCAACAAGACCAAGGUCGCUCUAUUAAUAGAAGAUCGCCCCCUCGGACAACUUGCUCCCCUCAUGCUGCACAUGAUGAAUGUGGUCCCGCCUGACUGGUCAUUCAGAUUUUAUGGCUCUCAAAAGUCGAUAGAUCAUCUCAAUCACUCGCUUCCAAUCCAAAUGUGGGAAAGAUUAGGAAAGUUAACCAUGGAGUUGGUCCCCAGCAACCUAACCCUCCAUGGCCAGCAGGAGCUUAGUAGGACUUUCACAAACCUUUGGUUUUAUGAAACUCUUUUGGCUCCUGCGGAGUAUCUUCUUGUAUUCCAGACGGACAGCAUUAUGUGUGCAAAUAGUGGUAUGAAUCUGAAUGAUUGGCUGCAUUUCGACUGGGUCGGCGCGCCGUGGUCUAAAGACUCCGCUUAUGGUGGCAAUGGAGGCCUUUCCCUGAGAAGGGUCAAACCUAUCAUCGAACUUUUGAGGAGGGAAUCCAGACCUGAUGGCCAUCCUGAACUAGAAGAUCUUUGGCUUUGCAAUCGCCUGGCUAAAAUGCCUGGUGUCAACAUGGCCAAUGGGACAAUAGAAGCGCAGUUUUCCGUUGAGGCCGUUUGGCACGAGCGACCCAUGGGAUACCAUACCGGCUGGUCCGGCGCACGUCUCCCAGGCGAUGUUUGGGGAACAGCUGAAAAACGAAAGUAUAUAUAUGAUUAUUGCCCUGAGAUGAAGAUGACCGUUGCAAUGAAGCUAGAGCGUGAAGGGUGUGAUGAUAAGCGCAAACGAGAUGAGGACUCAGUCUUUAAUGAGAUUUCUGCCUUUUGA